AUGUCAAAGGAAACCUUCGCAUUCAAUGCCGAUAUUAGGCAGUUAAUGAGUUUAAUAAUUAACACAUUUUAUAGCAACAAGGAAAUCUUUCUGAGAGAAUUGAUUAGUAAUGCAAGUGAUGCUCUGGACAAAAUUAGAUAUGAAUCCAUUACAGAUACGCAGAAAUUGUCCGCGGAACCAGAGUUCUACAUUCGUAUUAUUCCAGACAAAACGAACAACACGCUAACAAUUGAAGACUCUGGUAUUGGUAUGACAAAAAAUGAUUUGAUCAAUAACUUAGGAACAAUUGCUAGAUCAGGAACGAAGGCAUUUAUGGAGGCUAUUCAAGCCAGUGGAGACAUUUCUAUGAUUGGUCAGUUUGGUGUUGGUUUCUACUCAGCCUACCUUGUUGCGGAUCACGUUGUUGUUGUAUCGAAAAAUAAUGAUGAUGAACAAUACGUGUGGGAAUCUGCUGCGGGUGGCUCUUUCACUGUGACGAAGGAUGAAUCCAAUGAAAAGAUAGGAAGAGGUACAAAAAUUAUUCUUCACUUGAAGGAUGACCAAUUGGAGUAUCUAGAAGAAAAAAGAAUUAAAGACUUGGUGAAGAAGCACUCUGAAUUUAUUUCCUUCCCAAUUAAGCUAUAUUGUGAAAGACAAAACGAGAAAGAAAUCACCGCAUCUGAGGACGAAGCAGAGGAGGAAGAUGCUGAUGGAGAGAAGAAGAAAGAAGGAAAGGAUGAAUUGGAAGAAGGAGAAGAUGCUGACAAGGAAAAGAAAGAAGACAAUGAGGAGGAAGAAGAUAAGGAAAAGGGAGAUGACCACCCAAAAGUGGAAGAUGUAACAGAAGAAUUAGAAAAUGCGGAGAAAAAAAAAAAGAAGGAAAAGAGAAAGAAAAAAAUACACACCGUUGAACACGAAUGGGAAGAAUUAAACAAACAAAAACCUCUCUGGAUGAGAAAACCUGAAGAAGUCACCAAUGAAGAAUAUGCUAGCUUCUACAAAUCCCUGACGAAUGAUUGGGAGGAUCACUUGGCUGUCAAACAUUUUUCUGUUGAAGGACAACUAGAAUUUAAGGCACUUUUAUUUAUUCCGAAAAGAGCCCCCUUCGAUAUGUUCGAAAAUAGAAAGAAGAGAAACAACAUCAAGUUGUAUGUUAGACGUGUCUUCAUCAUGGACGACUGUGAGGAGAUUAUCCCUGAGUGGCUUAACUUCGUCAAGGGUGUUGUCGAUUCGGAGGAUUUACCACUGAACAUUUCCAGAGAAUCCUUACAACAGAACAAAAUUCUCAAGGUCAUUAAGAAAAACUUAAUCAAGAAAUGCCUUGACAUGUUUUCUGAACUAGCCGAAAACAAGGACAACUACAAGAAAUUUUAUGAACAGUUCAGUAAGAACUUGAAGCUGGGUAUCCACGAGGACAACGCCAACCGUGCGAAGAUCACUGAGUUGCUCCGCUUCCAAACCUCCAAAUCUGGUGAUGAAAUGAUAGGACUGAAGGAAUACGUAGACAGAAUGAAGGAGAACCAGAAGGAUAUCUACUACAUCACGGGUGAAUCCAUCAACGCAGUGUCUAACUCGCCAUUCUUGGAAGCUCUCACGAAGAAGGGAUUCGAAGUGAUAUAUAUGGUUGACCCAAUCGAUGAGUAUGCAGUACAACAGUUGAAAGAUUUCGAAGGAAAGAAAUUAAAAUGUUGUACCAAGGAAGGUCUCGACAUUGAUGAUUCUGAAGAAGCGAAGAAGACAUUCGAAACAAUGAAGGCUGAAUAUGAAGGUCUAUGUAAAGUUAUAAAGGAUGUACUUCAUGAGAAGGUAGAGAAAGUUGUAGUUGGACAAAGAAUAACAGACUCACCAUGUGUUUUGGUUACAUCUGAAUUUGGAUGGUCAGCCAACAUGGAAAGAAUUAUGAAAGCUCAAGCUUUAAGAGAUAACUCCAUGACUAGCUAUAUGUUGUCGAAAAAAAUUAUGGAAAUCAAUGCACGCCAUCCAAUCAUUACUGCUUUGAAACAAAAGGCAGAUGCAGACAAGUCAGACAAAACUGUUAAAGAUUUAAUAUGGCUUCUAUUCGAUACUUCUCUCUUAACCUCUGGAUUUGCCCUUGAGGAACCCACCACCUUCUCCAAGAGAAUUCACAGAAUGAUUAAAUUGGGUCUGUCCAUUGAUGAGGAUGAAAACAACGACAUUGAGUUGCCACCCUUGGAAGAGACCAUCGACGCUACUGACUCCAAGAUGGAGGAGGUUGACUAA